AUGCCAGCUGGCUCUACCCCCAACGGUCGCUCCAAUCGAGCCGGGGCUACAAAGAAUGCUCCCACAACGCUCCUCGUAACCCUCAAGCUGGCCCCCGACGCCCUGCGACAGUUCAUGGAGGAAACCCCCGACUCCCCCGAGACCAAGACCCAAACCCCCGAACCGACAUCCAAUCCCGACAAGCCCACCGAGCAAUCCUCACCGGCCUCCUCCACCGAAGCCCCAGCUGCCCGGCCAUCCUCAGCGGACGCAGAAUCAAACGCCGACGCGAACUCAACACCCGCCACGGGGGCCACCCCGGGCGAUACCCCUCGACGGAAGGGAAUCCCGGGUCCCAAGCCCGGCACCAAACGCGCCAACAGCCAGCUGGAGCCUAUCGCGCGAGUACGCGGUCGACCCGGUCCUAAGAAGAAAGCUCGCCUUGACGAAGGCGGCGAACCAGGCAAGCUCUCCAUGGCCCCUCGACUGGGCCCCAAGGCCAACACCGGCGCUAUCAAUGCACACCUACGCGCUCUAGAUCGCAGCGGCACACCCUGUCGCAAAUGGGAGCGUCAACCCCUCAAGCUGCGCAGUUUCACCGGCGUCAUGUGGCAGCUACCGGCGUGGGGCAGCUACAAGGUUGCAAAACCCGAGUCUGAUGAAAAUGAAGUGGCUGUUAGUCUGGAGAAUGGGGAUAUUGAUAACAAGACUCUUGCUGCCCCGGGUACCGACACAGUCAAUGGCAGUAGUGCUGUCCCGAGUGAGAAGAGUACUGGUGAUGGGGAGAUGACCCCAGCACCAUCGAACAUUGUUGAGCCCUCGUCCCCGGCUAUUGCCUCGGCUGCAUGA